AUUACUUUAGGAAUACCGAAAGAAAUACAAUUGGAUUCGACAAAUAUACCAAUAAAUGCAUUUGGUGAAUAUCAAAAUCGCAGUUUUAUCGGCGCACAAAAAACAGACAAGUCUGGGACGCGUCCUGCAGAGUUGGCUAAGUAUCAAUACAAGUCUCAACAGAAAGAAAACAUUUCUCCAAAAGAAAGCCUACGCCAGCAUAAAAUUGAUAUUGUCAACACGAAAGCGCCAGAGCUUUCACCGACCUCGGCAAGUUCGACGCAAAUUCAAGUUCAAAGUAAAACUCGCACUGAGUUACAAAAGGAACUUUAUAAACAAGGCACAAGGACAUUUUCUGGUCCACUCGAAAUGGUUCUGAAAUGGCAUAAGAGUUUACAGGACAUAGGAGUUGUAAUUCUUUAUGAAACCGUGGCCAAGUGUGUGAAUGUGAGAGCCGGCGAGUGUGCCAAGAAUUUAGUUUUGAGAGAUGAAAAUGGCCCGGCGAUGCAGGUCGUCUAUUAUGAGAUAGACUUUCUUAUGCCUGAGAUUAAGCCGCCUUGUACUGUUCGUGUAAUUGGUCGAAUGUUUUCUGGCACAAAUCGUCUUCAAGCAUACAGCGUGCGACUGGCGACAAGUGAUGAUGUUGCGACCAUGCCGCGUCGCACCGCAAUCGCAGCGCAUCACGUUUCUAAGCUUUGCAAGGAAUACGGAUUGAAAAAUUAAAAAUAUUUCUAAAUGUUUCUUUUAAUAUGCUAAUAAAAAAAUGUAUUUUUUUUAUUUAAUUAAAAUAUUAA